CCUCUAAUUACUCUGCCUUCUUUAAUUGGUGUACAUUUUCCACUGAUCUGGAAUGGGUUUUGUCCAUUUCUCGACUCUUUUGAGUCUCGAGGGAUUGUUUCUCUGUUUUUUCUUUGAAAAAACACGCGCGCACACACUAACCAGUUCUCGGAUAGGCGGAUGCCAAAAUCAAUCAAUUAUGUUUUCCAUAACUAAUCCUAAGCUGAUUCAGUUCAGCUAUCAAACCAACAAACAACAAAUGGCGACCCUUUUCAGCCCCGCAAAAAGGCGAAGAUGAGUAAAUCUAUCUGGAUCACGUCACGGGUGAGAGGAAAAGAAAAAGAAAGAGAAAGAAAACACUAGAACUGGCACUGGGAGGUUCUGGAUUCAUGGAAACCCAAGGAAUUGGAGCGGUUUCACGUGAUGGUGAUCCAAGCCCUUUAAUUCUUUAAUCGAACCCAUCUCUCUCUCAUCGUAUUGUGUACGUAACUGUGGCGUAUUUUUGUUUUAUUGUUUUAUGAUUAUCUUCUGGAACUCUGUUUGCUGUACUGCUGUGUCGCAAUUUGUGCCUUAUCUACAUGUAAGCUCCUGGGCUUUGAACUAAGAGUUCAUUUAUUUGAAGGUAUUUUAGGCAGCUUCUCGGUUGUGGGUUUUGAGGGGAUAAUACGGAGAAACCACUUUAGGUAUUUCUGAUGACAGAUUGUAUCUUUUUGAUGGACUUCUUGGUAGUGGAUUGAGAUCAUGAGGAAUUUUCCUUGCUGCAUGGGAUUGAAGAAAAGGUAAAGGUGUUGCCUUUUGGGACUGAGAGUAGUUAAAUUUACUCUAUUUUUUACUUUCAUCGUGAUUGCUGGGACGGCGCUUUCUUUUUGAAAGAUUGGCUAGUUUGAUAUGGGUUUUGGAUUUGAUGAUUGGGAAAUUAUUGUUUGUUCUGUUGGGAACACGAGCAUGGGGAUUUCAGUUGGAGGGUUUGGACCGUUAACCUGGGUUAGGCUUGAUGAGAGAAGAUAGUAUUGAAGAAAAAGUGAUGCAGAAGAAGGAGGGUGGAGAGAUGUCAUCAAGGUCUAAUUGUUCCAGGAGCAGUUCUGCUCGGUCGAAGCGAAAUGAUCGCUUAAUUGCACAGACACCGAUUGAUGCAAAGCUAGAUGGGGAUUUUGAAGAAUCCGAACAUUUGUUUGACUACUCAACUUCAGUUGAUUUCAAUGUCUCAAGUUCAACCAGCAAUGUUCCCUCUUCCUCAGUAUCAGCUUACCUCCACAAGAUACAGAGAGGAAGCCUUAUUCAACCCUUUGGUUGCAUGAUUGCUGUGGAUGAGCAAAACUUCAAGGUCAUUGCCUACAGUGAGAAUACCCUAGAGAUGUUAGACUUGGCCCCUCAUGCUGUUCCAAGCAUCGAGCAGCAAGAUGCGCUCACUUUUGGAAUUGAUGCACGAAUGCUCUUCAGAUCCCCGGGUGCUGGUGCUUUGCAGAAAGCAGCCAAUUUUGAGGAAGUUAAUCUUCUCAACCCAAUAUUACUUCACUGUAGAACCUCAGGUAAGCCCUUUUAUGCAAUUUUGCAUAGAAUUGAUGUGGGGUUGGUCAUAGAUUUGGAACCUGUGAAUCCUGCUGAUGUACCAAUUACGGCAGCUGGGGCGCUGAAGUCCUACAAGCUAGCAGCCAAAGCCAUAUCCAGAUUGCAGUCCUUGCCAAGUGGCAAUAUGUUACUAAUAUGUGAUGUUUUAGUUAAAGAAGUUAGUGAAUUGACGGGUUAUGAUCGGGUAAUGGUCUAUAAAUUUCAUGAUGAUGAUCAUGGGGAAGUUGUUGCAGAGUAUUGCAGACCUGACUUGGAACCUUAUCUAGGCUUGCAUUACCCAGCUACAGAUAUACCACAAGCUUCAAGAUUUCUUUUCUUGAAAAAUAAGGUUAGGAUGAUUUGUGAUUGUUUGGCACCGCCAGUCAAAGUGCUGCAGGAAAAUAGAUUGGCUCAGCCCUUAAGUCUUUGUGGAUCCACAUUGAGAUCUCCCCAUGGAUGUCACGCACAGUACAUGGCAAAUAUGGGCUCGAUUGCAUCCCUUGUGAUGUCUGUGACAAUCAAUGAGGAUGACGAUGAGACAAACAGUGAUCAACAGAAGGGAAGGAAAUUGUGGGGCUUGGUAGUUUGCCAUCACACAACCCCAAGGUUUGUUCCAUUUCCUUUGAGAUAUGCCUGUGAGUUCUUGAUCCAAGUAUUUGGUGUACAGAUCAAUAAGGAAGUUGAGUUAGCAACACAACUGAAGGAAAAGCAUAUUUUACGAACUCAAACUGUGCUCUGUGACAUGCUCCUUAGAGAUGCUCCAGUGGGAAUUCUUACUCAAUCCCCUAAUGUGAUGGAUCUUGUUAAGUGCGAUGGAGCUGCGCUUUAUUACAGAAACAAAUUUUGGUUACUCGGGGUUACUCCUACAGAGAUACAGAUUAAAGAUAUUGCUGAAUGGAUUCUUGAGUACCACAGUGAAAGUACAGGCAUAAAUACUGACAGCCUUAUGGAAGCUGGUUAUCCAGAUGCUUCAAGUCUAGGCGAAGCUGUGUGUGGGAUGGCUGCUGUUAAGAUUACUUCAAAAGAUUUCCUCUUUUGGUUUCGAUCUCAUACUGCAAAAGAAAUGAAGUGGGGUGGUGCUAAACAUGAUCCUGAUGACAAGGUUGAUGGAAAAAGGAUGCACCCAAGAUCAUCAUUCAAGGCAUAUCUAGAUGUUGUUGAGCGACGGAGCCUGGCUUGGGAAGAUGUGGAGAUGGAUGCCAUUCAUUCCUUGCAGUUGAUAUUGAGAGGAUCAUUGCAAGAUGAGGUGGUGGAUAAUUCAAACACGAUUGUGAACGUUCCAUCAGGUGAUGACAAGAUUCAGAAGAUCCAUGAACUCCGUGUGGUUACAAAUGAACUGGUUCGCGUUAUUGAUACAGCUGUUGUCCCCAUCUUGGCUGUCGAUGCUGUGGGAACUGUAAAUGGGUGGAAUGCAAAACUAGCUGAACUUACUGGUCUGACUGUUGUGCAAGCUAUAGGCAUGCCAUUGGUCAAACUUCUUGAGAGCGACUCGCUCGACACGGUUAAGAACAUGAUUUCGUUGGCUCUGCAAGGCAUUGAAGAGAGAGACAUCAAAAUCAAACUCAAAACAUUUGGUCCUCGAAAAAGCACUGGUCCAAUAAUUUUGGUGGUUAAUGCAUGUUGUAGUCGAGAGUUAAAUGAAAAUGUUGUAGGUAUUUGCUUUAUUGGACAAGAUCUUACUGGGCAAAAGGUGAUUCUGGACAAAUAUACCAAUAUGCAAGCUGAUUAUGUUGGAAUCUUGAGAAACCCUUCUGCGCUUAUUCCUCCAAUUUUUAUGGCUGAUGAGCAUGGACGAUGUUUGGAGUGGAACGAUGCAAUGCAAAAAUUGUCUGGUUUAGCUAGAGAAGAAGCCAUGGAUAAAAUGCUUUUAGGAGAGGUUUUCACAGUCAACAGAUUUGGUUGUCGGGUUAAAGAUCAUGACACUUUAAUUAAACUCAGGAUUCUACUGAAUAGUGUAAUUUCAGGAGAGAAUGCAGAUAAACUGCUGUUUGGGUUCUUUGAUCGGCAUGGUAAUUAUGUUGAAGCUUUGCUUUCUGCAAACAAAAGAACUGAUGCAGAGGGAAGGAUAACCGGUGUUUUAUGCUUUUUGCAUGUGGCUAGUCCAGAACUGCAACACGCCUUGCACGUACAGGGGAUGACAGAGCAUGCUGCAGCUCAAAGCCUCAAGAAAUUGGAAUAUAUUCGACGGGAAAUAAAAAAGCCCCUAAAUGGGAUCAUUUUCCUGCAGAAUCUAAUGGGGUCUUCUGACCUAAGCAAAGAGCAGUUGCAGCUUCUUAAGAGAAGUGUAUUGUGUCAAGAACAGUUAAACAAGAUCGUUGAUGAUACUAAUAUUGAGAAUAUUGAGGAAUGCUAUACGGAACUGAAUUGUAUAGCAUUCAACCUCGGAGAAACUCUAGAGGCUACAAUGAAUCAGAUUAGGAUUCUGAGCCAAGAGCGGCAGGUUCAUAUCAUCCAUGAUUUACCUUUGGAAGUGUCAUCCAUGCAAUUGUACGGAGACAAUUUGAGGCUUCAGCAAGUUAUUUCAAAUCUUUUGACAAAUGCUGUCGUUUUCGCCCCUGCAUUUGAGGGAUCAUCAAUUGCAUUCACAGUUAUUCCCCGAAAAAAACGUAUAGGAACCAAGCUGCACAUUGCCCAUCUUGAAUUUCGGAUCACCCAUCCAGCUCCUGGGAUCCCAGAGGAUUUGAUUCAGCAGAUGUUUAACCAUCACCAAGGUGUCUCAAGGGAAGGUCUGGGCCUCUAUAUCAGCCAGAAGCUAGUAAAGAUCAUGAAUGGAACUGUACAAUAUCUAAGAGAAGCAGAAAGAUCAUCUUUCAUUGUUCUCGUAGAAUUUCCAUUGGCCGGCCAGAUUGACAAUUGAAACUGAGUCGCUUAUGGAAUUUGCUGCUCAGGCCCUUUGCUUAAAUUUAAAUUUGCUGCUUAGCCUGCAUGCAAUCUUUGGCAAAAUGGACACGAAUAAAGCUCGAGAGUGGAUCAAUGGUUAGAUUGAAAACUGGAUGGUGCUGGAAACUUACACGGACAAAUUGGUCUUUUAUCGUUCUGUUGCUCGAGGAGCCUGCAAAGAAAUUGCGACAGAUUGUUCCAGGUUUUAGGAGGUAAAAAUGUAAAAUAAGUUGUAGCUAGCACUUUUUGAAACCCCAACCAUCAAUUUUCUUGUAACAUGUUCUUCAGCUGCAUUAAAUUUCAAUGGGAAUUCUUUCCUUUGGAAAAAAGGAAGAAAAUUGUAGUAAAUUCUGGGGUACUUUUUCUCCGCGGCCAUGUUGCUAUGAAGAAUGGUUGGUUUAAAGAGUUUGUAAAAUGUAUUGUUUUUUGAUUGAAUUCUACUCAUUUACUAGAGAA